CCCGUUUGACUGGCACCGCAUGUGUUCGUUCCUCACGAUGCCAAGCCGGGAUUCCUAACAGUGUCUGGUCUACAGCGGGCACAAGAGCUGGUGGUGGGUUUAGCGCAGCAGCAGCAGCGGCGGCGGCGGCGGCACCGGCACCAUGGAGGCGGUCCUGACUCGCCUCAGGUCUCUGAGCGCUGACGAGCUGAGGGAGGAGAUCCUCAAGGCCGACAUGAAGUGCGGCCCCAUCACGGCCACCACCCGCGCCAUCUUCGAGCGCAAGCUGGCCCGCACCCUGGUGGAAAACGCCGGACUCUCUAACCCGGAAUCCGGCGGCUCCAGCGCGUCCUCGGUCCCCGCCCCGGCCGAGGAGGGGGACGUGGGCUACGACAUGGGUCUCAACCCUCCCGAGGAGGAGCCGCUGGGCGAGAGGAGCGGAUCGUCGUCCCAGCCCGAGCCUCAGACGCCCAACCGACCGGCGCAGGUCUCGCCUUCGUUCUAUUACGGCGUGUGUCCGCUGUGGGAGGAGGUGCUGGCCAGGAACGAACGGGCGCACGUGUACGCGGAUAAGAAGGAGGCGCUGCAGGCGGUGAAGAUGAUGAAGGGCGCCCGAUUUAAAGCUUUCUCCACCCGGGAGGACGCCGAGAAGUUCGCCAAGGGUCUGUGUGAUUAUUACCCCUCCCCCAGCAAGAGCGCCCCCUGUGUGUCGCCCGUUAAACCUCCGCUCGGCUUCUCCAAAGACAGCUCGUGUGUGAUGGAGACAGACGGGAUGAUGAACCGUGAGAAGGCGAACAGUUUUAAGAGUCCUCGUGUUCAGGACCUGACGGCGAGGUUGCGCGCGUGUGUGGAGCGCGGUGAUGAGGCGGCGUUCACCGAGCUGGUGUGGAGUAACCCUCGCUACCUCAUCGGCUCCGGGGACAACCCCACCGUCCUGCAGGAGGGCUGCAGGUAUAACGUCAUGCACGUAGCGGCGAAGGAGAACCAGGCGGGCGUGGCUCAGCUGCUGCUGGAUACGCUGGAGAACCCCGACUUCAUGCGCCUCAUGUACCCCGACGAUACAGAGAGCAUGCUGCACCAGCGCAUUCACUAUAUCACUGAUCUGUACCUCAAUACUCCUGAUAAAGCUGGUUUCGAGGCGCCCCUGCACUUCGCCUGUAAGUUCGGCUGUGCCGAGGUGGUGAACGUUCUGUGUUCGCAUCCCAACACCGACAAGCACUGCAGGAACAAGUACGAGCAGAAACCCUGCCAGAUCAUCUGUGACAGGAUGAAGGAUAAAAGUAAAGCCCAGGAGGUUCGGAGGAGGAUCAGCGACUAUUUAGAAGACCGGUGUUUUGUUCCCCUCCUGCGAGCGGCCGAUAAUUCCUCACAGCCGGUGAUCGGAGCCACGUGGUCUCCUGAACCCGCAGAGAACCUCUCACCCCGAUUACCCAGGAGCCCCCGGGACCCUCUGAUGACCGUCAGGGCCUUCGCUGGACCCCUGAGCCCCUCAAAAGCUGACGAGUUCAGGCGGGUGUGGAAGACGCCCCCUAGAGACCGGGCGGAGCAUUUCCACCACAUCCUGAAGUCGGACCCGGACCGCGGCGCUGAGAGAGUCGGCAGGGACCUGGCGCGGGAGCUGGGUCACCCCUGGGCGGAGUACUGGGACUUCCUGGACAGCUUCGUGGACCUGGCGUCGCCCGACGGUCUCCAGCGGCUGGAGGACUUCCUGAGCAAGAAGGAGCGCGCUCACAACGGCGGCGCAGAGAACGAGAGCGCCAGCAAGUUCAGGAGUCCGUCUCCAGGUAAGCCCAGGAAGUUCAGUAACUCGGUGUCGGUGGGCGCGUUCCUGGACGAGACGGACAUUUCCCUGGAGGAGAUGAAGAACCGGCAGAACGCCGCGCUCACCAGCGCCAAAGAGGACCCGAGCGGGCGUGGCUUCCACAUCCUGCCCGUCAUCGAGCCGCCCGGCCCCGCCCCCUCCUCCUGCCCGCCGCCGUCGCCCGUCUCCAACCUGAUGGCCGAGUUCGAGCGCAUGACGCUGCACGACGACCCGGCCCGGGAGCCGCGGGAGGGGGCGGAGCUCUCCAGCGUCAGCUCGGACGAGUACUUCCUGGCGCCGGAGAGUCCGGGGGGGCCGGGCGCAGGGACCCGGGUCGCCUGCUCGCGCUCCAGGUCGUGGGAUCACGGAAGCUCCUCCUCCUCCUGCAGCUCCUCCUCCGGCUCCUAUAGGUCGAUGGAGCAUUCGAAUGACCUCAUCAUGACCACGCCCCCCAGAGUCAGGAAAGGCCUGUUCAUUGAGGGAGACUCUCCCACCAGACUGGACCAUGAGGUUUUCGCCGCCGUGGUGAACGCCGACAUCGAUGCUCUGAAAUUUCCCAGCAUUCAUAGGUGGAGGAGCACGAUCCAGUCAUACUCCAGCGCUGAGAGGCAGAGCUGGCAGACUCCGGCCCUGGUAAAGACCCUCUCCAGACUCCAGCCUCUGACCCCCGGCUCCCCGGCGAGCCGCUACAGUCCGGCCAGACACGCCCACUCUCCGGAUCACACCAGCCCCGGACGCUACAGCCCCGCCCACGCCAGCUACAUCCAGCGGAUCCGCCUCAAACACUUCGGGGACUCGCCCAUCUGAGAGGGGUUCAGACAGAGCGGUGCAGCGUGACCUCUCGGAGCGGUGGCGUUGUGUUUCUUUACCGUAUGUGUGUGUGUGUGUGUGUGUGUGUGGGAUGUGAGUGUACGUGUGGGCGUGGCUUCUUUCCAUAACUGUCUAUGGGCGAUGGGAAAGUGAGGGAGAGACGCAAAUAAAGAAAUAAAUAAGAUAAAAGAGGAGAAAAUAAAUAAUAAAGAGAAUAAACGUGGUGAAACUCAGUAGCACAAAAUCCUCUGGUGAAGAAACAACCUGCCUUAACUUACAACCUCCCCUCCCCCCCGGACAGGCACAAUUUUAUUCUGAUUCUAAACUUUUAUUUCUGUUGGAUAAUAAAUCUGUUGUUUAUGGGAA